GAGUAUUUCGCCGUACAAGAUGCAGAAACUGAUCAAAGCACAGCAGAAAGCGAUUAUAGCGCGUUUCACGAGAAAUGUGAACACCUGCUUAUGUUACUUGAUCAAUACAGCAAGUGUGAUAUUGCUGAUGAAGAAGUGGAUUUUGUCAGGAAUCUAAGAGAGGAGAUAGUCUUAGAUCUACUGAAACUUAGAAAGUGCAACCGCAUUUCUCAGUUCAGGAAUAAAAUCGCCAAGGAUAAAAUUAAUCAGGAAAGACAGAAAGUCGAUGAACAAUACCUGAAGUUGCAAAAUCUGCUAUAUGAAGUGUCUCACAUUGAAAAUGAAGUCGUACACUGCUUGGAAUUUAAGUCCAAGAAGGACGACAUUGACCUGAUACCAACAGAACAGUUUUAUGAAGAAGCUCCAGUUAGCGUCUCCAAGCCAGUAUGGAUGUAA